AUGAACCCAACAAAGCCUAGAAACCAGUCUUCUCGAUCGAGACAUGCACUCAAGAAGCACAGGCUGCACAAGUCUUAUUCCUUAGCCGACAAAGUGAAAUUCAUUGAAGCCGUCGAUGAACUACGAGCAAAAGGGUUCAAAGUCUCUGCUUCUUCCAUUGGAGCAGCUAGUCAUGCAGUCAAACGCAAGCUCGAUCGAAACAUGGAACCCGCGGAAGAUGCUUUGCUGGAGUGGUUCGCUGCUGAAAGAGACCUCGAUCUCAAUGUGACUGAUAACCGCUUGCGAGGAACGGCAGAAAUCACCAAGCAAAAGGAUAUCGGGGUCCUCAACUACCUCACUAUGAACUACUAUGAUAUUGUCUACGAGGACGAUAAUCUAGACGAUGACGAAGAUGGUGUUGACUACGAAUCCAGUGUUCUUGACUCAGAUCCCCAAGGGCUAUCAGACGAGCUCGAGUCACCUCCAUCCAGUCCGACGAUAAAUGGAGCUACAAGAAAACUUUCAGCGAUUUAUGGAUGCUUGGGGCAAAAUCGAUGA